ACCCACUGCUGAGCCAGACAGCAUUCUGGGCAUGGAGGAUUUGGGUAGGAUUAUGAAAUACCUUACGCCCAUUAGUAUUUCCCAACUGCAGUUCUGUUUCAGGAAACAGAAUAGAUUUGUGCAAAAGGAAGAAGCAACUGGGAAACUCUGACAGUGAGUACCGGUUAGUGAAAGGUUUUGAGUGAAGGAUGGUCCCAUGCAGGAGAGUAAAGCUGCUCACAAGAGAAAACCGCUGACACCUUAAGGACGCCCUGAAAGCUAAAGGAAUCGAGCUGCUUGCUUGGCAGGAAAAUAUUGCAGGCUAUUCAUCAUGCACAUCACUCAGCUGUUUGCGGUUAUCCUGCUCACAGGAUUGAAACUCCCUGAGGUAGUAGGUGACUGCUCCUUCAAUAAGUCCCAAAGUCACUGCACCUGCUCCCUUUUGGAUCUGGAAAAUAGGGGAAACCUCUUUCAGUGCUUACCUGCCUUUGUCUUCGAGCUUCGAGGAGGAAACUUGGAGAAAUAUGUAGGUUUUGCAUCAAACACAGUAGAGCAACCAGUGCUCGACAUUCUACAGACGCUGCAGGUAACCAAGAUUGUCUUUGGAGAUCUCCUUGUGCCAGAGGUUCUCUUGGCAGCCGUCAUGAAGCUCACUUACUACAUGCGUAUUACAGAUAUCGAGUUUGAAAGCUGCACUCUCCUUGGAAAUGCUAGCUGGUUCCAGAUGGACAGGUUGAUUCUACCUGUCUCCUCAUUACGCUUUCAUAACGUGACCUCUGCCUCCCUGGCUAACAGAGACAAAGACUUCACCCACCUGAGUAGGUGGCUAGAGACCCUGCAGAAUCUGACUGUGACACAGUCUCAGGUCACCUACAUUCCAUGCAGCGUUGGCAAGGUUUUCAGAACCUUACGCUAUCUGGAUGUGUCAGAAAACCACCUCCAGGACCACAGCAUGAGGCCUUCAUUUUGCCAGGGGGCUUUUCCACAACUCCAAGUAUUAAAACUCCAUCGCAACAAUCUGAGCUCCUUCCACACCAUGUGUGAAAUGCUGCGCCAUCUGGAGAAGCUCGUCCACUUAGACCUGAGUCAGAAUGACCUCCUGGCUAUCUCCUCCUCCUCAUGUCAGUGGCAGCCAUCCCUUCGUAUCUUCAACUUGUCCACCAUGGGCUUAGAUCAUAUCACCCUGCCUCUGCCCCCUAAUGUUGAAGUAUUAGAUGUGAGUUCCAAUAACCUUCAUGCUCUAGAUCUUGCACUCCCCUUCCUGAAGAAACUUCACCUGUCCAACAACAGGCUGCAUGCUGUCCCCUCAGCCAAGAACUAUCCUGCUUUAGAAGUCCUCAGUCUAGAUGGAAACCUGAUCUCACACCUCCCAAGGGAUGAGCUGCAGUCUAUGAGACACCUGCAGAGCCUAAGGGCAGGUCGGAAUCUCUACAACUGUUCAUGUGCGGGUGCCAGUGAGAUCCAGGCCUUGGCGAGCAAGGAGUCCUUGAUGCCCGACUGGCCUCAGGACUACACAUGUGAGUCCCCAUCUCACUACCAGGGCACCCUGGUGAAGAAUGUGCCUGCUUCAGUGCUGCAGUGCAACAAGGCCAUUGUGAUAAUUCCUGUCGUUGUACUUCUUGUACUGAGCUGCUUGGCUGGGAUCAUUUGCUUUGCCAGACAUAAAGCACGGUCUGGCUAAGCCAGUAGCUAGCCUUUCACCUCAA